AUGAGGAAGAAAGGAAACCGGAACAUUAUGUCGGUGGGCCUGCAGCGGCGCGUGCCCGCGCUCGAUGACGCCGGCGUCGGCGUGGGCGUGGGCGUGGGCGCCGGCUGGAAGGGCGGCGGCGACGCGCCGUUCGGGGGCUUCGCGGCGCCGGCCGGCUCCCCGGCGGGGCCCGCGUUCGCCGCGUCGCCGGCGCCCUCCACGCCGGGCCCCGGCCCCGCGUUCGCGGGGCCCCCGUACGCGGGCCCCUUCGGCAGCCCCUCCGCGCGGCCCGGCUCGGGCGGCGGCUUCGCGGGGCCCCAGCAGGGCCACUUCCCGGGCCCCGGCGGGUUCGCGCCGCCCGGCUCGCCGUUCCACCCGCACGCGCCGCACCCCCCGAUGCCGCCGCACCCGCACAUGAUGGCGCCGCUGCCGCCGCCCGUCGACAGGUGCGUGCUGGUGUUCCGUUUGCUCCGAUCU